CGCGCUGGCCUUUCCCAGGGCGGCGCAGACCGCCUCUGGAUUUAAAGGGUCCGCUCCUUGCCGAAGUUGGUUGGGAAGCAAAAGGUGGUUUGUUGGUGCGCGGCGACUUGCCAUGGGACCUGUGCGGUUGGGGAUAUUCCUUUUCAUUUUGACAGCGUACGGUGCUGGGGCUGGGACACCAAAAGAGGAGGACGAGGACACAGAACGAUUGCCUAGCAAAUGCGAAGUGUGUAAGCUGCUGAGCAGGGAGCUGCAGGAGGAGCUGAGUCGCACAGGCCGUUCUCGAGAGGUGCUAGAGCUGGGGCAGGUGCUAGACACAGGCAAGAGGAAGAAACAUGUGCCUUAUAGUGUUUCAGAGACAAGGCUAGAAGAGGCCUUGGAGAAUUUAUGUGAGCGGAUCCUGGAUUAUAGUGUUCAUGCUGAACGCAAGGGAUCACUGAGAUAUGCCAAGGGUCAGAGUCAGACCAUGGCAACCCUGAAGGGCCUAGUGCAAAAGGGAGUGAAAGUGGAUCUGGGGAUUCCUUUGGAGCUGUGGGAUGAGCCUAGCGUGGAGGUCACAUUCCUCAAGAAGCAGUGUGAAACCAUGCUGGAAGAAUUUGAAGAUGUUGUGGGAGACUGGUACUUCCACCAUCAAGAACAGCCCCUACAGCAUUUUCUCUGUGAAGGCCAUGUGCUCCCAGCUGCUGAAACCACAUGUCUACAGGAAACUUGGACUGGAAAAGAGAAGACUACAGAUGGACAAGAAAAUGCAGAAGAGGAAGAGGAGGAGGAGGAGGAAGAGGAAGAAGAAAUGACCAAGACACCGGGCCAUCCCAAGCAUGACCCAGAGGAUCUCUGACCCUUGCCUUUUUGCCCCUGGAAGAGGGGUCAUGGAGAACACUCAGAAGUCUGACCUCUCCGGGUCCCAUGGCUUUAUGGGUGGUUGUGUGAAGGCCCCCACACCCUCAGGCUGGUGAUUAUUCUGUCCCACCUGAUCUCGGGCAGGGUCUUGCGGGUUCAGGACUGUGGGAAGGUGGGAGCACUAGGUAGUCCACGGCUUGCCUUCAUAGAUUAGCCCUCCGCCUGCCAUCCUGCCCCAUGAAUUGACAGGCGUGUGAGGUGACAAGUCUUGAAGCUGUACCCAGUACAUAAGACAGCUCUUCACCCCUAUCCAGAGCUCACCGUGGCAAGGGACGGAAAGGCCCCUUAAGGGAUCUGGUUUUCGACCCUGGUAAGAAAGAAGUCAGAACAUUCUCUAUGACCUACAUACACAAUGCCUGCGUCUAAGGCCUCAUAAACCAGCUAGACUGGACCCAGGGUGAAGCGAUGCUGCCAGGUCGGGUGGGACACAUACCUGUCUACUUCAUAUUCACAAAAGUGCCAUGUUUUCUAGCGCGCUAUUAAACUUAAUAAAAAAAAUCAGCUGGGCCGUGCA